UCACUAGUGUCAUCAAAACAGAUGAUGAGCUUUGUAUUAAUUUGCAAUAUUACUUGAUUAAAGACAUGGCCCAAUCCAUCUUACUACGUAGUUUAAUGCUGCACAGGCGGACAGUGCUGUUGCCAUCAAACGGGGGGCGUCUGCGUUGCCUGGCAGCACUUCACCUGAGCGGUCGUGUUGGGCAGCAAAUGAGAAGUGGUGGUGGCAAAGCAUUGCAGGAGUCACAAGGCGGCGACAGCAAUGUCUCCACGGAUGUGCGACCCAUUGGCGAGAAGAUCAAGGAGAACACAAAAACGGCCAGCUAUACGGCGAUUAUCCUUGCUGGCCUAGGAGUGACGGGCAUCAUGUUCUAUGCCAUAUUCCGUGAGCUCUUCUCCAAGGAGAGUUCGUGCAAUAUCUAUUCAAAGGCUUUGGCUCGUGUCGUCGAUGAUCCGCGGGUGCAGGACGCUAUUGGUGCGCCCAUCAAGGGCUUUGGCGAAACAUCGCGACGCGGUCGCCGUCAGCAUGUGGCGCACAGCAGCUUCGAUCGCCAUGGAGUGCCCCACAUGCGUAUGCAGUUCUAUGUGCAGGGAUUGCGCAACAAGGCCACCGUUCAACUGGAGUCGCGAAGGGAUUCGAAUGGGAAGCAGCAAUUUCGUUAUCUAUUUGUGCAAUUGGAUCACUAUCCUCGUACCACAAUUAUACUCGAGGAUAAUCGCGCCUAUGAUCCAAAGCCAGCUUCAUCAGCGUUGUCGCCUUCUUCGGCUGAUUCCCCCUUUGGCAGUUUGGCGCUCAUGUCGAAUAAUCGCGACAAAUAGAAACCAGCUGCCCAAUCCUCACUUAACAAAAUCCUUUUUAUAAUUUUUGUUAUUUAAUUUAAUGCAUACGACUGAUAAAUA